AUGUCUUACUCUCAGAGCAAGACGCAGGCCAAUCAACAUGGAGAGUCAGAGGCUUCAUCUCUACUGGCCCCAGCCGCCAACAGAGAAGACUCUUCUUCAGAGACAUCCUCCGAAACUAGCUCAGAUUCCGACUCAACAAUCUUAGAAAGGCUACAGAGUUUUUACUCCAGAAACAUUGGCUUAUUCUACGUCCUAGUCGCCCAACUAUUCGCCUCAAUCAUGUCGAUGACAACGCGGCUUCUUGAAACGGGUUUUGAAACAAAGUUUCACGCUCUGCAGAUAAUUUUCGUUCGAAUGCUGGCUACGGCGCUGAUUGGCUCUGUUUACAUGUGGUGUAAAAACGUACCGAAUUUUCCUUUGGGGCCGAAGGAGGUUAGGGGUUUGUUGGUGCUGAGAGGGUUUGCUGGAUCAGCUGGGCUUUUUGGACUUUACUACUCAUUGUCGUAUCUUGACAUUUCUGAUGCGACCGUCAUCACUUUUCUUGUCCCGACUCUCACUGCGUUUAUUGCAUGGGUUGCCCUCCGCGAACCAUUCACCGUCAAAGAAGCAACCGCAGGGUUCAUCGCCUUCGCAGGCGUCCUCUUCGUCGCCCGCCCAGCCUUUCUAUUCCCCGAAAGCUGGCGGACGUUAUCAGAACUCGAGUCUCGUGCUGUGGACCCCGAUUUUACUACUGAUGGUGGUAUCCUACCGCCGGUAAAGGCAACACCUCAAGAGCGCACCAUUGCUAUCCUGUGCGCCAUCUUCGGUUCUUUUGCAGCGGCGACGGCGUAUGCGACCAUCCGCGUGAUCGGCAAGCGGGCCCAUUCGCUCGUCAGUGUCAAUUACUUCGCUGUGCUUGCGACUGUUAGCUCGUUUCUGAUCAUCAUGAUUCACCCAAAUCUUCAAUUCGAGAUUCCCAAGACUAUCGCUGAAUGGUGUUUACUUCUCUCGAUUGGUAUAUCUGGCUUUCUGCUCCAGCUCCUCCUCACUGAAGGUCUUCAGAGAGAAAAGGCUGGUCGAGCCACCAAUCUCAUUUACGUUCAGAUGGUCUUCGCCCUGAUCAUCGAGCGAAUCGUCUGGGGAACCACGCCUCCCAUCACCAGUUUCAUUGGCAGUGCUCUGAUCAUUGGGUCAGCUAUCUGGGUCAGCCUACAGAAGAAAGCCCCUGCUGAUCCAAGACCACUGCUUGAUGAGGAAAGAAGACAGCAAUGA